GCUCUUAACAAAAGCCAUAGAAAAGGUCUCUGUCUCUCUUUUGUUCUUCUGUUCUCCACCGUCAAAGCCAAAAAAAGCCAAGCUCUUUUGAUCGCCUGAGAAAUAUGUCUUCUCCGGGAAAAUCUCCGAGAUCCGACCGGAAAUCACCUACAGUUAUGACCGUGCAACCGUCUUCUCCCAGAUUCCCAAUCGGCACACCUACUGCUGGAGCACAACGUAAGAUCGGUAUCGCCGUCGAUCUGAGCGACGAGAGUGCCUACGCAGUCCAGUGGGCUGUUCAGAACUAUCUCCGAUCAGGUGACGCCGUCGUUCUCCUCCACGUUCAGCCUACUAGUGUACUUUACGGCGCCGAUUGGGGAGCCAUUGACCUGUCUCCGCAGUGGGAUCCUGAGAACGUUGAGUCUCAGAAGAAGCUUGAGGACGAUUUCGAUAUUUUCACGAACAAGAAAGCGAGUGACGUUGCUCAGCCCUUGGUUGAGGCGGAUAUUCCCUUUAAGAUCCAUAUCGUGAAAGAUCACGAUAUGAAGGAGAGGCUUUGUUUAGAGGUUGAGAGGUUAGGGUUAAGCACUUUGAUUAUGGGUAGCAGAGGAUUCGGUGCUACGAAGCGGAGCAGUAAAGGGAGGUUAGGGAGUGUCAGUGAUUACUCAGUUCACCAUUGUGCUUGUCCUGUGGUUGUUGUUAGAUUUCCUGAUGAUAAGGAUGGUGAAGAUGAGAGAUCCAGCGAAGAUGGUGCUGGGAAUCUUGUAGAAAGUGAUAAACUUCAUACAGUUCCUGAGGUGGUUGAGGAAGAGGGAGAGAAAGAUGAGUACCAUGAUGCUUCCGAUAAGCAGUAACAGCAGCAGCAAGGUUGACUUUGUUUAUGCAGAAGGAGACUUCCCUAAGAAAACAUAGAAGAAAAAGAAAGCGUUCUUAUGCCCUUGGUUUGUGUUCUUGAGCGCGCUUCAUUGUUUUUUUUUUGGGGUUUGGGGUGUCUCUAGCUCUUCGUUGUAAGUAUGGUCUUGUUUCCUUGGUUUUGUUUUAAACUCUGUGGAAUUUGGGAUGAGUGGAUUCGAUGACUUUUGUUGUAUGUCUUUGAAAAAGCACUGAAAAGAAUUUGAAUGGUCUUGUAUAUCUCUUGAAGUUGAAAUUUAGCUGGUAAUAAACACGUCUUUGACGGUUCCAAAUGA